CCGGUUCGCACUCGACAACCCGCCGCCGACGCCCGUCGCCCAAUCAGUCGUUAUCUUAGACCAGUCUUGUACGAACGUCGUCCGCCGCAGCUCCGAUCGUACCCCGUCACAGCACAAUAUAUUAGAAUACUAUUAAUAACCGUCGAUCACGGGCGUGCAUAAAAAACAAUAAUCGAAACACUCGUCGCCGUCGACGUCCGUUUCGCUCAGUUCCAUUCCGAUAUCCUGAAGAUUCUCAGUCAAAAAUGGCAAACAACAGGGCCACCAAGUCUGGUUUCGCCGCCGAAGCACAACGCAAAAUCAACAGCAAAUACAGUGAAGAGCUAGCCCAAGAAUGUUUAGAGUGGGUGAGCAGCGUCACCGGUUUGCCAUUGAACACAUCUGGCGAUCCAGACAACUUUUUUGAAGUCCUUAAGGACGGACAAGUAUUGUGCCAAUUGGUAAACACUCUAAUUCCUGGAUCCGUUAAGAAAGUGAACACUAGCGCGAUGGCUUUUAAGUGUAUGGAAAACAUAAAUAACUUUUUGGCUGUGGCUGUAUCCAUCGGCGUACCUUCUCAAGAAACGUUCCAAUCUGUAGAUUUAUGGGAACGUCAGAACUUGAACUCUGUGGUGAUUUGCUUGCAGUCAUUGGGUAGAAAGGCUGGUCAAUUCGGUGCUCCAAGUAUUGGACCGAAAGAAGCAGAGAAAAACAUUCGUAACUUCAGCGAAGACAAGCUCAAAGCCGGCCAAACUAUCAUCAGUCUGCAAUACGGAUCCAACAAGGGAGCAAAUCAAAGUGGUCUCAAUUUUGGAAACACAAGACAUAUGUAAAGGCUCGUCUUAUCCUCCACAACGUUCCAUGCCCAAAUUUAUAUACAAAACUGAUGCCGAAUUCCCCAAUAUUCUCAGAUUUUAUACACAGCAACUAUAGCAAGUAUACUCAUACAUUCCAACGUAACAUUUUAAACUUCCUUCCAUAUCACAAUCAUUCCACAAUACCAGUAUUAUUACGUAUUUACAUAGGUAUAACCUAAUUAUUGCAUCUUCCACAAACAAUAUACAAUUUCAUUUUGGGCAUAAACUCUUCUGUUAUUAUAAUACGCAUUACAGUUUUGAAACAAUAUGAUGAUAAAACGAUUUUUCCCAUUAAAGAUAUUAUGGACAU